CUUUCGAAUGACAUGUUUAUUUCUAUACUCAUACUUAUUGUUUGAUAGCAAAGACGCUACGUCAUUGCAAUAUCUAAUUAUCUGAUUUUGGUAUUCCAACGAAAACUGUAUAUAUUAAUAUUCAUGGCUGCAAAAAGUAUAAUCAGCGACUUAAUGGAGACUUGUCUUCGCCUAACUGGCCUUUGGCCCGACUCCUCAUACAGGAUAUUGAAACGUACCGCUUUCAUAACAGUUUUGUUAACGUUUGUGAUACUUCAAUUCUGGUACUGUAUAAUUCAUGUUAAAAAUGAAUCUAUGGUGGAUCUAUUGGACAAAUUAAGUGUCGCAAUUUCCAACUCGGUUGUUUUCGCAAAAUUCGUCGCCAUUUGCAUUCAUCAAAGAGUUCUUACUGAGACGCUCGCGAUUAUGGCUGAGGAUUGGAAUGAUCUUGAACAGUCCGAUAGCCGAAUAAUGAUACAAAAGGCUGCACUGGCUGACCGUAUUACUAAAAUAACGCUAAUGAUAUAUUUCCCUACUGUCCCAUUUUACACAGCAACUAUUUUUCUCAGUCCUAGCGACGAUACAACAGAAAAAAAAUUUUUGUUACACUUCCCAUUCAAUUUAACUGAAACACCUGUGUAUGAAACAGUAGUAAGUGUACAAGUGAUCGAAGAAUGGAUACUCUCGUUGACCGCAGGAGCAUUCAUGGCAUUGUCCACCACCCUUGUGAUUCAUGUAGCAGCUCGGAUCGAAGUAAUCACCGAGAAAUUGAAACAGGAUUUGGACUGUCGAAACGAAAAAGAAGCACGUUUAAUGAGCAUGAGGGGUAUCAUAGUGAAACACGAAAGAGUGAUCGUUCUAUCGGAGAAUAUUGAGACUCUUUUCACGAUGGUUGCAUUGGCACAGUUUCUUUACAAUACUAUCGUCAUGUGUUUUAUCGGCUUCGUGCUUGUCACUGCGUUGGAUACUGGACAAUUUUUCACGGCACUAUCCAGGACCUUUUCAUUCUAUCUAUCCGUCAACUUUGAGGCCCUAAUACUUUGCUACACUGGAGAAUAUCUUACCACAAAGGGUGAAUACGUUGGUUUGGCGGCAUAUAAUUCUAAUUGGUAUGAUUUGAGUGUUCAAGAGACCCGUGCACUUUUAUUAAUAAUACUGCGUUCACAAAAGUCUUUGACUCUAACUAUUGGGAAGUUUACGAAUUUAUCUCUUGUAACGUUCGCUAAUAUGAUGAAGGCUUCGGCUUCAUACGUAUCAGUCUUAUACGCGAUGGAGUGAAAUGUUAAUGGCAAAUUACUGAUUUCGAAGUGUUGACAAAUGUCAUACUACGACUAACAAUAGUUAUCACAGUUAAGCACAUUUUAUCAG